AUGACUCUGCGCUUAGUCAGCAUAUUAUCGCUGGCAUUAAUUUCUGUAUUGCCCGCACAGUUGGAUGCAUUUAUCACGCAGAAUACAGGCUGUCAUCACAAUGGAACUUGGUAUGCGGAUAAAUCGGUGGUGCCCAGCAUGGAGAAGUGCCUCAAUUGUCAGUGCAACCGCAAGACUCUCGUCUGUCGGCUGAAAGUGUGCCCGGAAAUGCCGAUGCCACCGCCUAGGGGCUGUGUGGUUGUCCAACGAAAGAACAGCUGCUGUCCCUAUUUGUCGUGUGCUCGCUUGGAUGCCUUCUACAAGAUACCGACCAAGCGUCGCAUCAUCGCCUACCUGGACCACUACGAACGCGAGUCGAUCGACCGUGUGGUCAAUGACAACAUGCUGCAGAGGCGCUCAGAUGACUCCGACGUGGACUUGCUUGUGUGCGUGAAGAAUGGAACCGUGUACAAGUCGGGAUCGGCCAUGUCCUCAUCGAAUCUGUGCAGCUAUUGCUACUGCAUUGGUGGCAACGAGAAGUGUGUGAAGCCCAAGUGCAUGCUGCCCGUGGACGGGUGUAAGCCCAUAUUCGUGGACUCCACCUGUUGCCCCGUACGCUACGAUUGCAGCAGUAAGACCUCGGGCAAAUCCUCACAGGAAGUGCGCUAUCGAAAGAACUCGAACAAGCACUUCCAGCGCAUGUCGCAGCGCUUGCAACGGAAUCGCGGCUGCACCGUGGGCGCCCAGUUCUACGCGGAGGGCCAGAAGAUGCGAUCGGACACGGACAAGCCAUGUGACAUCUGCUUCUGCAUAAGGGGCACGCGUCGCUGUGCGCCAAAGAAGUGCGCGCCAGCCUUGAAGAAUUGCAUUCCAGUGGUGCCGAAGGGUCAGUGCUGUCCCUCCAGCUACGAUUGCGGCAGCCAGCGGGACUAUCGCCGCUCGCAGAGCUCCCGCCAAUUCAAUCUCUACAAUCUGCUCUUUGGCAAAGAAGAGCAGGAGGCAGAGGCAGAGGCAGCAGCAGCUGCUGCUUUGAUUCCACAAAAUUCCAUGGCCGAGCACUAUCCACUCGAUCGGCAUCCCACUGAGCCACCCGUCGGCAAUCCGCUGCAGGUCAGCAACGAGAAGAGCAUCUUCGAUACGCUGCGAGAGGGUCUCGAGUUCAUCGAUGGCAACAACAACCAAAUGCUGGCCAACAACAUGGAUUUGGUGGGCAGCACACCCACUGCCAGUCCGCUGGUGGCUGAGCUGAGCAGCACCACAGAGCUCAGCUUCCUCGAUCUGCUGCUCGGACCCAGCACAGAACGUGCAGCGCCCAUAACGCCAGAGGCCACGACUGAAAAGAAGAAGCCAAUGUCCUGGAUGGACAUACUGCUUGGACCCGAUGACGAAGAGCCAGCUGUGGCAACUGAGCCAAUCGCUUCCAUAGAAGCCAGCCCCACCGUGGCACCAGCAGUGAGCAGCACCACUGAACGCAGCAUUGAGCGCAUUGCAGAUGAUUUCGGUGACCAAUUGGCUGAGGGCGAGCUUGCUGUGGGCGAACUCCCAGCGGAGGCGCAACACAACUGGGCUCGCCCCACUGAGCCACCAGCUAGUACCACAGCACAGCCAGCUGAUCUAUUCAAUGUGCUGCUGGAUGGACUUUCUGUCAUGCUAAAUGAUAAUGUCACCAGCAGCACUUCCACAACAACAACAACGAGCACCACAUCGACUAGGAAACCCUUUAGUACACGCGCACCACCCAUGUUCCGCCCACUGCCUAGCAGCAAACCACACCACACACGCAUUAACUCCAAGCUGGCUAAUCUAACAGUGACCCCACCGAUGGUUCUGGUCACCAGCAAAUACGGUCAGCCAGUCACCUACAGAACAAUGCCCAGCAAGGGCACCACCAGCACCCCCAGCACAACAACAAGCACAACUACACCCAAGUCAAUUCCAGCGAAUGUUACUAAAACAAGAACCACAACAACGCAUAGACCCACACCCACAGCAACAACAACAACAACAACUACCAAAACUAGCAAGCCAACAACAACCACCACCACCCCCAUUACUACAACCACAGCAAAGCCCACAUCCGCAAUCCCUCGAACAACUUUCCGACCCACAUUCAAGCAGAAGCAGACACCACCAUACAUCACCAGCACCACCAAACCACUGAUCAUCAAAACGAAUCCGAGCAUUUUGGAAGCGGAACCUUUGGACGACGCGGACAGCACGGCGCCCACACUGCCGCCCAGCCUGCCCAACCUGAAAAUCAUACCCUUUCUGCCAACCGACGCGGUGGAUACAAAACCACCAAUACCACCACCCGAAGUAUUUAACAGCCACAGCUACUAUCAACAGCCAACGGGUCUGCAUGCCUCACAAGUCGCCUCCGAUAGAGUGGACAACGAGUACGAUGUGGCUUACGUCGAUCACACACAACACAGCAGCAACUUCAACCACAACCAGCACAACAACAUCCACAACAACAACGAUCAGGCUGCCUACAAGUACAAAUUCAAUGUGGAGGUUCCCGCUGUAGAAGCACCACCGGAGCCCGUGGUGCAUGUCAUUGGCAGCGCAGACUAUGUCAAAUAUGAUUUCAAUGAGCAGGUGGUGCAGCCACCAGUGCACAGUGGCUUCUCGCCACCCACCGAAACCGAGGGCGGCUUCAUGCCCAAGGAACCGCUGGUCAUCGACGGCGAAGUGCUGCAGGACCAUGUCACAUCGAAUGUCCUGCUGGGCGAUAACUAUCAUGUCACGCAGCAUAUUAUCGAUAUAACAACGGAGAGGGAGGACAAUGAUACGGCCUCAAUCGAGAUCACAACGCCCGAUCCCUUCAAAGAUGUCAUACACACGGAAAGGCCGCCAAAUCUCGACGCGCUGAUUGGGGACAAGCAGCAGCAGAAACCUGCACAGCAGCUGCAGCAACAACACAUCGAGAGUGUCACCUACAGCGUCAGCAACUCUUCCGGCAUCAAAGCUGCAGCAACAGCAGCAACAACAGUUGCAACCACAACCACAAAACAAACAUCGCAAACAUCGAUAGACAAAAAUGAGAUACACAAACUGGAUGAGCUGCUGGAAGAGCUGUUGGGCAUGAACCUGCCCACCAAGGUGCACAGCAGCAGCAGCACAGUGCCGCCAUUUAAAACAUUGCCAACAGCAGCAACAGCAACAGCAACAACGACAACUACUGCGCGCCCAACUGCCACACCUACCGCAGCACGUGGCCACAAGAAGGGCAACAAACCAAAGCAGAAAACAUCGAGCAAUAGACGCAACCAGCCAGCAACAGCAACGACAAAACCAUCCCGAAACAAAGGUCAAGUGACCACGCGUCGAACACCCGCGAGCAACAGCAACGGCAACAGCAACCUAAACAGGAACAACUCAAUGGGCAGCACAGCGCAAACAAGUACAAGCACGACAGCAGCAACAACAACAACAGCAGCAGCAGCAACAGUAAUUGCUUCCAGCACAGUGCAUCCAUUUUUAAUGUCACCAUUCGACAAAUUGCCCUUCAUGGACACCAGCUACGAGGUGCGACAACAGCAGCAGCAGCAGCAGCAACAGCAACAGCAACAGCAACAACAGCAACAGUUGCAACAAUUUCAUCAUUAUCAGCAUGCGCCAAGCAGCAGCAGCAGCACAACGACAACAACAGCAGCAACACCACCAGCAGCAGCAGCAGCAGCAACAACUGUUGCUGGGGGCGAGGGGCUAAUGGAUCCUACGGGCAUACUAAAAUUAGCCGGCUGCAACAUUUACGGCCGCAUGUAUCGAGUGGGUCGCAUUAUCGUGGAGCUAUCCAAUCAAUGCCUCGAAUGCAAAUGCACCGAGGUGGGCGUCAAGUGCGGCCCAUUAGACUGUUAA